AUGUGGCAAACUGUUGUGUUGCUAUUGGUGGUGCUGGUGGCGGUGGUGCAAGCGCGUUCCGGCGUUGAGCUGCCGCGCAUAGAAUUGCAGCGAGUGAGGAAUGUGAGAACACAGGAGUCGAUCAAUGCGGAGUGCAGACAUUUGAGUGCCAAAUAUAAUGUGAUGGCUGCCAGCAGCAAUCAAACCACUGAGCCACUGACCAACGAUAUUAAUAUGGAGUACUAUGGCUCGAUAGCCAUUGGCACACCACCGCAAUAUUUUCAGGUUAUGUUCGACACAGGCAGCUCCAAUCUGUGGGUGCCCUCGUCGAAUUGCUUCUCCGCCGCCUGUUUGCUGCACAAUGUUUACAACUCGGCGGACUCGACAACUUAUGCAAAUGUUGGCACUGAUAUUUCAUUGAGCUAUGGCAAGGGCGGCAUCGACGGCGUGCUGGCCUCGGAUGUGCUCAACAUCAGCGGCCUGAUCAUACCCACGCAGGUGUUUGCCGUGGCCACAAGCGAGCUGGACAGCACUUUCGAUGAUGCCGGCUUCGAUGGCAUUCUGGGCAUGGGCUACCAGGCACUGGCGCAGGAUAAUGUAGUGCCGCCUUUUUAUAAUCUCGUCUCGCUGGGCUUGAUACCACAGCCUGUGUUUUCAUUCUAUCUAAUGCGCAAUGAGGAGACUACACAGGGCGGCUACUUGGUGCUGGGUGGCUCCGACUCGAGCUUGUAUGCCGGACCGCUCACCUAUGUGCCUGUCACCAAGCAGGACUAUUGGCAAUUUCAGCUGGACGCUGCCUCACUUGGUGGCCAAGUGCUCUGCAGCAAUUGUCAAGCUGUUGCCGACACGGGCACUUCGCUCAUUGCCGCGCCCCUUGAUGCCUAUGAAACUAUUUUGGCUACAAUUGCACCAAAUGGAAACUUGGAUUGCAGCACCAUCAACAGCUUGCCCAUUCUGAAGUUAACCAUUGGCGGUGGCUACUUCAAUCUUGCGCCACAGAACUAUGUCCUGGAAACUGAUGGUAUCUGCUUGCUCGGCAUUGUUAGCAUUAGCACGGACUUUUGGAUCUUGGGCGAUGUUUUCUUGGGACAAUAUUACUCUGAAUUUGAUUUGGGCAACAAUCGUGUGGGCUUUGCGCCCAUUUCAGGCGGACACUGUCCCAACUCAGCGUCAAGAGCGAGCUUCUUCUUAUUCUAGUAGCCUUUAAAUAUUAAUUUUU